GCCCCGCCCUCUCGUGUGUGUUUUUCCCUACCCGGAAGAGGUUCUGGACAAUCUGGCGAAAAAGGAGGUUUUUUUGAGACUUUGACCCAAUAGAGAUGGAAAAGGAAGAAUCUGCUGGUCUUGAAAUAGGAAACUGCCUUCUUGAUGUUCAAGCUGAGGGCAAUGGAGGAUUCUGGGAAGGAAGCACACAGCACAGCCUGAGAAAAGAAGUGCUGGGUUCAGAUCUAUGUCGCCAACACUUCAGACAGUUCUGCUACAAAGAGGCUGAAGGUCCCAGGAAGGUUUGCAGCCAACUUCACUGGCUCUGCUGCCAGUGGCUGGCGCCAGAAACACACGCCAAGGCUCAGAUGCUGGACCUUCUGGUCCUGGAGCAGCUCCUGGCUGUCCUUCCUUCAGAAAUGGAAAGCUGGGUCCGGGAGUGUGGGGCAGAAACCACUUCCCAGGCCUUGGCCUUGGUGGAGGGCUUCCUUCUGAGUCAGGAAGAGGAGGAGCAGGAAGUGCAGCAGGACUUGAUUUUGAAAGGAGCAGCUGAGGCAGAGAAGGGUCGUUCUGAAACCGAGUGGGUCAUUCCAGACAAGGACAGAGUCUCCGCCUCUAGAGAGAGAACAAAGGCCUGGACAACACACAUGACACCAUCUCACAAUCCUUUUGGUGUAGCUUCAAUGAGACUGGAAAAGGUGACCUUUGAAGAGGUGGCUGUGUUUUUCACAGAGGAGGAGUGGGCCUUGUUGAGCCCAGGACAGUGGGCCCUGCACAGGGAAGUGAUGGAGGAGAAUUUGGGUCUGGUGUCCUCUCUGGGUGGAGAGGAGCAGCUGAGUGAGAUGGAAGAGAAACCAUUAAAGGUGUCAUCCAAAAGAUCCAAAUGUCAACAAAUGGAAGAGAAUGGAAGAAGCCCUGAUUCACAACAGAAGAGGAAGAACAAAGCAUCAGCUUCUGUGAUCUGGGAAAUCUCAGCCCAAGAAACGACACGAAAAGGAAUAGGAAAGAAUACAUACAUUUGUCUUCUGUGUGGGAGAAGCUUCUGUUUGAAAGCAAACCUCAACUCCCAUGUGAGAACUCACACAUGGGGAACUCCUUUCAAUGAUGACAAGUGUGGAAAGAUCAUCAGCGUGAGGAAAGCCCUGAUAUCCCAUCAAAGAACUUACUUGAGGGAGAAACCAUUUAAAUGCUUGGAGUGCCGAAAAAGCUUCCGUCGGAAGGCCCACCUCGCUUAUCACCAGGCGACUCACACCAGAGAGAAAUCAUUUAAAUGCUUGGAGUGUGGAAAGAACUUCAAUCAGAAGUCACUCCUCAUUUAUCAUCAGAGAAGUCACACAGGAGAGAAGCCAUUCAAGUGCUUGGAGUGCGGGAAGACCUUUGGUCAGAAAGCUCUUCUCCGUUGCCACCAAGCGACGCACAAAAGGGAGAAGGCCUUUCAGUGCUGGGAGUGUGGGAAAGGUUUUGCCCAGAAGACGCACUUCAUGCGCCAUCAGGAGUCUCACAGGGGAGAGAAGCCCUUCCAAUGCUUGGAAUGUGAGAAAAGCUUCAGCCGGAGACACUCUCUUUCAAGCCACCAAGCCAUUCACACAGGGGAGAAACCAUUUGAAUGCUCGGAGUGCGGGAAGCGCUUCAAGCGGAAGACGGAGCUCACUUCUCACCAAAGAGUCCACACGGGGGAUAAACCGUUCCAGUGCUUGGAAUGUGGAAAGAGCUUCCGGCGGAAGAUAUACCUCACCUAUCACACGGCCGUCCAUACAGGACAGAAGCCAUUUCAAUGCCUGGAGUGUGGGAAGGGUUUCAUCCAAAAGACGCAUCUCAUUUGUCACCGAGCGAUUCACACGAGGGAGAAGUCGUUCAAGUGCUUCGAGUGCGGAGAGAGCUUCACCGAGAAGUCGCUCCUCAUUCAGCAUCAAAGAGGUCACACAGGGGAGAAACCCUUUAAAUGCUCCGAGUGUGGAAAGAGCUUCAGUCAUAAGUCACUCCUCACUUGCCAUGAAGUAGUUCACUCAGGGGAGAAGCCGUUUGAAUGCUCGGAGUGUGGAAAGUGCUUCAGCCGGAAGACGGAGCUCACUAACCAUCAGAGGACUCACUCGGGGGAGAAACCCUUCCAGUGCUUGGAGUGUGGAAAGAGCUUCAGCCGGAAGACAGAACUUACUUACCAUCAGGCAACUCAUACCGGGGAAAAGCCAUUCAAAUGCUUGGAAUGUGGGAAACGUUUUGUCCAGAAGAGAUGCCUCACUCGUCAUGAAGUCACUCAUUUGGAGGAGAAGCCCUUCAGAUGCUUGGAGUGUGGAAAGAGCUUUGGUCGGAAGGCGCUCCUCGCGUCUCAUCAGACAAUUCAUUCGGGAGAGAAACCUUUUCAAUGCUUGCAGUGCGGAAAUGUUUUCGGUUGGAAGAUAAACCUAAUUCGCCACCAAGCAACUCAUAUAAAAGAGAAACUUUUUGCAUGUUUACAGUGUGGAAAGAGCUUCAGUCAGAAGAAGUAUCUCACCUGUCACCAAGCGACACACACCGGGCAGAAACCGUUUCGGUGCGCACAGUGUGGAUAUUGUUUCAAUCAGAAGUCGCACCUCGUUCGUCACCAAGCAACUCACACUGGGGAGAAAAUGUUUAAGUGCUCGCAAUGUGGAAAGAGCUUUAGUCAAAAGACUGACCUCACAUACCAUCAGAGAAGCCACACAGGGGAGAAACCGUUUUGCUGCUUGGAGUGUGGGAAAAGCUUCAGUCGGAAGACACACCUGACUUGUCACCAAAGGAUUCACACAGGGCAGAAACCUUUCACGUGCUUGGAGUGUGGAAAGAGCUUCAGUCAGAAGGCAAACCUCACUUGUCAUCAACAAAGACACACGGGGGAGAAGCCUUUUCGGUGCUUGGAGUGUGGAAAGAGCUUCAGCCAAAAGUCACUCCUCGUUUGCCAUGAACGAAGCCACACCGGGGAGAAGCCCUUUCAGUGCUUAGAGUGUGGGAGGAGCUUCGGUCAGAAGUCACGCCUCGCUCAUCACGAAAGGAGCCAUACCGGGGAGAAGCCCUUUCAGUGUUUGGACUGCAGGAAGUGCUUCAGUCGGAAGGCAGACCUCACUUGUCACCAGCGUAGCCACACUGGAGAGAAACCAUUCCGGUGCUUGCAGUGCGGAAAGAGCUUCAGCCGGAAGACAGAGCUCACUUGCCAUCAAAGGAUUCAUACUGGAGAGAAGCCAUUUCAGUGCUUGGAGUGUGGGAAGACAUUCGUUCAGAAGACGCACCUCACGCGUCAUCAAACAACUCACAUAGAAUCAUAGAGUUGGAAGAGACCUCCAGUCCAACCCUAUUCUGCCAAGAAGCAGGAAGAUCACAUUCAAAGCACUCCCGACAGAUGGCCAUUCAGUCUCUGUUGAAAAGCCUCCAAAGAAGGAGCCUCCACCACACUGGGGCAAAGGGUUCCACUGCUGAACAGCCUUCACAGUUAGGAGGUUCUUCCUCACGUUCAGGUGGAAUCUCCUUUCCUGUAGUUUGAAGCCAUUGUUCCAUAGCGUCCUAGUCUCCAGGGCAACAGAAAACAAGCCUGAUUCCUCCUCCCUAUGACUUCAUAGAAUCAUAGAGUUGGAAGAGACCUCGUGGGCCAUCCAGUCCAAUCCCAUUUGGCCAAGAAGCAGGAGGAUCAUAUUCAAAGCACUCCUGACAGAUGGCCAUCCAGUCUCUGUGGAAAAGCCUCCAAAGAAGGAGUGUCCACCACACUCCGGGGCAGAGAGUUCCACUGCUGAACAGCUUUCACAGUUAGGAGGUUCUUCCUCACAUUCAGGUGGAAUCUCCUUUCUUGUAGUUUGAAGCCGUUGUUCCAUUGCGUCCUAGUCUCCACGGCAGCAGAAAACAAGCCUCCUCCCUAUGAAUUCCCCUCACAUAUUUAUACAUGGCCCUCAUCUUGUCUCCUCUCAGCCUUCUCUUCUUCAGGCUAAAUAUGCCCAGCUCUUUAAGGCUCUCCUCAUAGGGCUUGUUCUCCAGAUCCUUGAUUAUUUGUGUCAUCCUCCUCUGGACAAAUUCCAGCUUAGAGUCAACAUCUCCCUUCAAUUGGACACAGUGUGAUUCCAGGUGUGGUCUAACCAAGGCAGAAUAGAGCAUGGGUAACAUGACUUCCCUGUAUCUAGACACUAGACUCCUAUUUACAAUAGCCAACAUCCCAUUGGCUUUUUUUUUGCUGCCGCAUGACAUUGUUGGCUCAUGUUUAACUUGUCCAGGAGGACUCAUGUGGGAUUACCAAUUUCCAUUGAAGUAGAGACAUUAUAUUUAUUUAUUUAUUUAUUUAUUUACGACAUUUAUAUGCCACCCUUCUCACCCCGAAGGGGACUCAGAACGGCUUACAAGUCAUAAGUAUAUACAACAUACAACAUACUACAUAAUACAUAACUAGCAUAGUAUUAUUACAUCAUUCAUAACACUAGUACUACAUAAUAUUACAUUAUCGCUAGGGGAGGGGCGCUGAUGUCACAGGGGACAAGAUGGCAAUGUCCUCCCAGCUCCCCUUCUUUAUUCUGGCCCCAGAGUGGCCGUUGGUGCUGGGGGAGGCAUUGCUAGCUUCUUUGGAGCUCUGCAGGAUUCUAGUUCACUGUCAUAGC